AAAGCUCAAUGUUAAUCGGAACAAAUCGGUUGCGAGGAUAUAGGAGAGAGAGUCAGUGGAACUUCCAGAUGGGCCCACAACGGAAUGUGCGGCUAACUGCCACACAACGUAUAACUCGCCCAAUCUUCCUCUUUUUGUCCAAUUUGAAUUUUCAAAUGUAAAUCUGAAAUUGUUCAUCUGCCACCCAGAAAAAUGCCUGAAACUAGCGAAUCUUUCCUGUUCACUACUUCGGCGCCAUCCUCCUCCCACAUUAUCAUGUCUUCUUUUUAUCAUUUUUUAAUCUAAAAAAAAAAUAACACCUUUCCAAAAUUUCCAUAGAUAAAUGCAUUUUGUUCCUCAAGCAGCAUUCGCUGUUUUUCAGUAAAUAAUUCAUCUACCAGUCCCUGGUCGGGGGACAACAAUGGCGGCAGAUUCGGCUUGUCUGAUCCAUGCUUUUUCCUACGCUUCAGCGACCCCCAAUGAAGCCAAACAGGUAAGAUUCACCAUUCCAGAUUCGACCUAGUAUCGUUUUCUAUCUUCACUCUUCAGUCUUCAGUAGAUGUAAUUAAUUAGCUGGGGAAAUUGAAUGUGUGGGGGUGGCACUGUGACAGGGGAAUGGGAUGCACGCGCUGGGGGAAUCCAUCUCCUUCGGGAGGUUCAUGACAGAGUCAUUGAGCUGGGAGAAAUGGUCCACUUUCUCUCACAAUAAGUAUGUCGAAGAGGCCGAGAGGUAUGCCCGACCCGGUUCGGUCGCCCAGAAGAAGGCUUUCUUUGAAGCCCAUUACAGGAGAAUCGCUGCGAAGAAAGCUGCUGCGGCGGCAUUGCUUGAACAAGCUCGUCUUGAGGAAGAUGAAGAAGCAAGUAAAGCCGAUAGUGACCUAAAGGUGGGAGAUGAUUUUAUGGCCGGUGUUGAUUCUAUUGCUGAAGAUGAUGCCCAGGAAACAGUUUCUGGGUUAUCAGAGGAUAGCGAACUGGGUCAUCAAAUGGAGAUGGAGAGACCUUUAUUAUUAAAGCUGAAUUCUAAGAAGAAGGAUGAAGAAGACGGGGAGGAGGAGGAAGUUUUAUCAUCUUCAUCAUCAGUUCUGGUUAUGAUAAAGAAGAAAAGAUCGGGUCUUUCAUCAUUUAGGAAGAUUAUGCCAUCACCUUCAUCAUCUUCUAUUCAUGGAAAGCCAUUGAAUAAAGAAGUUCCGUCAUCUCCUUCUCCACCACCACCACCACCACCACCAAUAGUGUCCAACGUUAUCCAAACUCAACACCAUCUCAACACAGAAAACAUCACCAUCACAACCCCAACAAGGAUCCCAUCAACACCAAUGGUAAGAAGUAAUGGUGGCACAAAUUUGACUGGUGUUGUUGAUAAACUACCUUCAAAAUCUCUUAGCUCCUUGCUAAAUCUAUCUGACCAACCAGCGAAAGAACCCGUUAAACUGCCUCCUCCUCCGAAAAAGGACACAUCCCGCUUUGCUCCCAAUAGUAAUAAGAAUAAUUGCUCAACACCUCUCAGGAUGACUCCUUUGGCAAAGACAGAAGGAUUGGCAAAGCUUUAUACAGUUACCCCAACUUCGGUGGCUGCUUCAGGAAGUAAAACAUGUUCUGGCCCAAAGUGGCACUAUUUAACUUCGGUUUGUUCCAAGUCUUUGACCGCCUGCCGGAAUAAACUGUGCUCUCCUAGUUAUACUAUGUCCUCCACCACCACCCCUUUUCGCCUGAGAACAGAAGAAAGGGCUGCCAGAAGAAAACAAAAGCUGGAAGAGAAAUUCAACGCAAAUGUGGAGGAGGAGGUACAUAAGAAGGGGGUGUUGCAAACCAAAGUAAAGGUCCACCAGGAGGAGAAGCCAGGAACAGAGCUCAGGAGGAAACUGGGCCGAAGCUUCUGUUUCAAAGCCCGCCCUCUCCCUGACUUUUAUCAUCAUAAGCAUCAGGCUGAUGAUAAAACAGAAGAAGCACCAUCACCACCAUUAAAACAUCAAACCUCAAAGAACCACGGGAAACAACCUCCUCAGCCAGUUAAAAAACUUGGAAAGAAUGGCAUCAAUAUGCCAGUAGCAAAAGCCGGAGUUCGUAAGAAAUCAUGAUAAAGUUUCCAACUCAAGAUCCCCCAUUAACAACAGCAGGAACAACUCAAGAAGAAUUCUCAGGCUCUCUUAUACGGAGUAUUGUAUAUGUACUGAUGAAACAGAAUAGAAUGUUGACUUGUUGCAGGACCUGAUAGAUUUCAUCUUAUUAAAUUUAUUUAUCGAAUCAGAAGUAGGCAACUUUAAUUAUCUGGUUUCUUGUUUGCCAGCUAGGGUUGUUAGAAAUUUAGGAGGGAGAGACAAUGUAAAAAAACUGAUGAGAAAGAACAUUUAUUUAUCAUUAAUAUGAUUUAAUUCAGAAACAUGUUGAGUAGUAAAUUAGUAAUACAACACAAUGUCAAUUUUCCAUGUUGAUGGGAAUUGGUUAAAUCACAAUUUUUCCAGUAAGCACAUCAAUCUUCAUCUUCAUCAUCUCCACUUUCAUAUUCUCUCCAAUUCCCCCCCUUCAUGUUAAGUUCAAGCCUGAACAAUCAUCCUCAUUCCUCAUAUUCAUCCGCAGCAUCAAAAUCGCCGACCAAAUCAUCCAGAAUUCCGGCGGCCGAAAACCAGGAAACGUUCCGGCCGAUUUUAUUAGCUGCAUCCACGUAACCCCGCCACGUGAUCGCCCUGUUUAUAGAAUCAGCGUCGGUAGCCCUCGUUUUGAGGGUCCCCUUGGCCUUGGCUUUUGCUUUGCUGGCCGGGUUGUCGUGGCACUCGGAGCAUUGGGGGCGGCCGCACUUGCCGGUGAACUUGGAGUGGUUGGUGGGCUUGGAGGAGACCUUGGUGAAUAGGCCGGCGGUAGCGGUGCUGUUGGCGGCGGCGUAUCUGUGUUUUGGCGUGAUUGGGUUCAACAAAUUGGGAGGGAGGACGGGGCAGGUUCGGACCAGACCGUGUUGGCGACCCUCUCUCCUCAUUGCAAGGUUAUGGUGAGCUUAAUUGGCUUUGAUUGGUGAAAGAAUGAGAAGAGGCCAGGGGUAUUUAUAGGAAGAAGAUGGACUUGGGAUGCAAGGAAAAACGGUCUGCGUGUUUC